CGAUGAAGGAAUUUGGCAAUUUUCUGUAGACGCAUGCUUUUGUAUCAAGGCCGUGGUUCUGACAGACUCUGACAGGUGUAGCUGCUCUCUGUCCUUCAGUACUAUUUUUUGCGCGCUGAUGACGCCCUUCUAUCUCUUUACUGCAUUCACAUGAAUGCGUACCGGUAGAAGAACGGUUUACAUGUAUCACCUCAGACUCGAGCUGUGACCUUACCUCUCUCUUUUACUUCUGGUUCUGCAAAGACUUUAUAUUCUUGAAAUGUCUGGCAGCGGCAAUCUGCAAUCGGUCUCUGUUGGAGGCAACACGUCCCCGAACGAACCUGCGCUCGUGCUGGCUGCAACCUGCUCUGUUGAGGCUACAUGUGCUCACUGUGUGGCUGGCCCGGAUGCGGUGACGCUAACCGUUCCGCCGAUUGAGGUGCCGUUAACUUGUGCAAGCUGUGCAGACGACAAGUCAAACGCGACAGAGGCCGACUGUAAGUCGAACAGCGUGUACCAUGUGGCCUUCCGCAUUUUCUGCGAGGUGCUGGUGUCCAGCAAGGAGGGUUUCCCACUGGACCAGCCAGUAAUCACGGCGCUGUUUUUCCUCCUGGUCAGCGCCUGGCUUCAGAUCCACCUUCUUGUCGUCAUCCUCCAGAGCAUCAGCUGGCAGCUUGGCCCGAGUGUCAGCGACAUCGCCAGCUCCCUCUACUCCAUGUCAGGCGCUCCCCCUGCACCUCCACCCUCCCAGUUUGGCGACUAUUUCUAUGCCAGCAACAAGCUAGCAGUCAUUAUCUCCCGCAUCUUGGUCUUAUUUUACAUCACUGGGGUGGCGGAGGAUGAGUUAUCAAUAGUUGACAUCCCUACAUCCUGUGGCCAACACCCCGUCAAAAGCUUCUUAACCUAUGUGGCGUACUUUGGAGCACUCCUCUGCCCUAUUACCCAGGCGUGCGUUGCGGGCUUCGCGGUCUACGUCACCUACGCCUACCUGAACAAAUUCGACACGGUGGGGGAGGUGGUGCUCAACGGCGUGGGUAUUUCAUUCGUCCUUGAAAUCGACAAUGUAAUGGGCAGCAAACUCAGUGAGGCAGUGGCUCGAGCCAAAUCACUCAGAAGCUUGUUGCAGCUGGCGCCCGCGAACAACAGUAACGCCUCAAAGCUGGACAUGGCACGAUGGCACCUAACCCUGGCGUUCACCAUGAGCUUCAUCAGUAUUGGCUACCAAGCCCUUUGCCUGUACUGCCUCUGCAACAUCGCCGAUUGGAGGUACAACAGCCGUACGAUUGCCGUGUUUGCGUUGGCGCUCUUCACAACAAUUUCCACCAUGUCGUCCGGUCGUUGGCUGGUCAAGCUCCUCCAAUCUUGUCGUUUGCUAUUUCCCUCGGCUUUUAGCAAGACCUGGAUUAGCUCAACUCUUUUGGCUAGGUUGGCAGCGAUGAAGCAUUGAAGAGCAAGGCAUGAUCCCCAAGGAUGUGACCCUGUUAAAGAGAGGAAGUGUGGCAAGAGGUAACGACAACAAGAGACCGGUGGGAUCAUAGUUGCAUUUGCUCCGUUUGCACGGGGGGGGGGCGUCCUAAUUGUGACUGGUUUGUUAGAAACCCAUGCCACGUUGACACAUCGGCGUGCACGGGGCACCACAGUGGAUGAAGGGCCGUUACAGUGGCUACAGUGUUGUUGAAGUUGAGGUUGAAAAAGGCGGGUGCUACUUCGUGUUACAUGCAGCCUUGAGUGUCGCCAUCUGUUCAUAAACCCGUGGGCCACCAUGUGUGUUGUGAUCUUUGAACCAUCUUAAGUACACAAAGUACACAAUUACGGCAAUAUCAUGGGGAGGCCGUGCCGCUUGCUCAUUUCUCUCCUUUUGCAUCUUGGUUUGGUACGCUAGCCUGGUACAUUACACAUCACAAAUACGAUUGGUCAGGAAGUGGGGUGCCGUGCAUACGAUACAUGGAUUUAGUAGGGCUGGGGUGUGAGAAUUUGACCGCUCGAAAGGGUGUACGGUUGGGUUAGGACCCUGUGGCAUUCAGCCCGUGCGGAUUGCAGGGGGCGGGGGACUAUUCCUUCAUGGGCGUCCAGGAUGCCACCGAGCCGGUAACAUGGCAUGACAUUGAGUGAUGCGCAACACGGUAACCGCGAGCUGAGACCAGGAGUAGUACAGCAGGGCCUGUAUUGCAGGAGAUAGCGUGUCGUGCAGGGUCCGUUUGUAGUGCUUCUGCUGUCCCUUCCCUGGAGACUAGGAUUUGUAACGGCAGGCUUGAGUGUUUAGCCUACUGCGAUGCCCUAGAAAUACGUGUAUGUUGUAGUUGUAUGAGUUUGCGUUCGAGGAGUGAGUGGAGGCUAGACAUGAGGUGAGUGCACAAGCAGGAAUACGAACCCUAUAGGUUAUGGUUGCCAUCCAGGCUGGUAAGUAAGGCCUGACAUGACCUGUACCACCUGCACACGGUUGCUGGCAGGCGAAGCCCUGGGAGGUGUAGACCGUUGGCUAUGCUUGGG